GGUUAAAUAUGACUAACUCCAAGGGUCUCAGACGCGGAACGCGUUACAUGUUCGCUCGCGACUUCCGCAAGCACGGAGUUGAGCACCUCUCCACCUACUACACCCAGUACAAGCGCGGAGAUCUUGUCGAUAUCAAGACCAAUGGAGCUUUCCAAAAGGGUAUGCCAUUCAAGGCUUACCACGGAAGAACCGGAAGAAUCUUCAACGUCACCAGAGGAGCCGUCGGAAUCAUCGUCAACAAGAGAGUCCGCGGAAACAUUCUUCCAAAGAGAAUCAACAUCCGUAUCGAGCACAUCAAGCCAUCCAAGUGCAGAACCGACUUCUUGAACCGUGUCAAGUCCAAUGACGAGAAGAGAAAGGCCGCUAAGUCAGCUGGACAACCAGUCCCAGCUUUGAAGAGACUUCCAGUCGCCCCUAGAGGAGCUCACACCGUCACCACCCAGAACAAUGAGCCAGAACUUCUCGCCCCACUCCGUUUCGAGAUUGUUGCGUGAUUUCUUGUUUAUAAACUGUUUGUUAUAAAGUUGUUGCUUG